GGUAGACAAUGGCUACAGAAGCCCCAUUUCAGAGCGUCUUUUCUCGACUGCCCAGCUGGAAAGCAACAUCUACCACAGCCUCCCAGGUAGGAAACAAUCUUGCUGUUCAAUGGCGAUGUCUUACCUGAGGGCACAGAAAGAUGGGUUGACGCUGAGGAGGUUCUGCCUUGAACUCUCAUGAGAGUCAAGCGGAAUCAGAAGCCAUGGGCAGAUAAUUUUGGAAACGGUGAGCGGGGAACGAGAACGCCUGUCUUUCACAGGUUGAGUAGCAUUGGUGGAAUCAAGAAAAAAAACACUCUUGGUACUUCUGUGCAAACAAACCACCUCGGUUUCGCUUUGGGACAGCAAAAGCCACAGGUUGCUGGGAAUCACAGGUGUGGGGAAACCUCUGCUUGUAGACUACCUGUUGGGGCACCUGGUUGGCCACUGGGAGAAGAACAGGGUGCUGUGCUCAGAGGGCCAAAUGCCCUAGUCCAGCUGCAGAACUCCUUGGGUGUCCUCACCCUUGCCCUCCUUGCUCUUGCAGCUGGUCUCACGUGUCAAUGGCUCUGUGGACGAUCGCGGGAUAUGCCAAUGCUCCGUGUUCCUGCCAGAAGACGCUUUCCCUGCCCAGCAGGUGGAGGCCCUCGAAAAGCUGGCGGGGUCGCUCUCGGAGAGGUUCAACAAGGAGCUUUCCAAGGUAAAGGAGGACUUGAUUUUAGGAAUGCAGGCCUUGGGCCUUCUUAACCACUAAAUGCCAAGAAAUUGGUAUUCCAUUCCCAAUGAAAUGUAGGAGGAUGCAUUGCCGUGUAUAUGAUCAACACAUUGUAUCUUGAGCCCUGCAUUGCAGGGGGUUGGGCUAGAUGACCCUUGGGGUUCCUUCCAACUCUACAAUUAUAUGAUUCUAUGAUUAGCUAAUAAAGCAAAACCUGCCGCUGGGCAUGACUUGCAGUUCUUUUCUCAUAUUCAUAUUUCCUGAGUUAAUGUAUCAUUUGUUCAUUCCUUGCCCAUUCCUGCCCCCAGAUCUGCCCCAAACAAGACCAUAUUCUAGGGAUGAAAUAAGUUAUGCAAGUCAGCUAAAGGCAAAGGGACCCCUGACCAUUAGGUCCAGUCGUGACUGACUCUGGGGUUGCGGCGCUCAUCUCACUUUACUGGCCGAGGGAGCCGGCGUACAGCUUCCGGGUCAUGUGGCCAGCAUGACUAAGCCGCUUCUGGCGAACCAGAGCAGCGCACGGAAACGCCAUUUACCUUCCCACCGGAGCGGUACCUAUUGAUCUACUUGCACUGCGUGCUUUCGAACUGCUAGGUUGGCAGGAGCUGGGACUGAACAAUGGGAGCUCACCCCAUCAUGGGAAUUCAAACCGCCGACCUUCUGAUCGGCAAGUCCUAGGCUCUGUGGUUUAACCCACAGCGCCACCUGCGUCCCUAAUUAUGCAAGUCAAGUAGUUGGUUAUUAAGAUUAAGACAGCUUUGCUGGAGCAGUUGUCACUCAAAACAAGACUGAAUAGGCCAACUCUACGAUCCCACCAGGACCCCUCUUUCUUUUGGAGAAACAUCUGCCUCUUUCUGGAAGCAGGCCUCUCUUCUCCUCUCCUUCCAAAUUUCCUCCAUCCUCACCUUGACCACUUACUUUCAUGACUUUUUACCUUAUCUAGUUUGCCAGUCGUGCUUAGCCUUGAACACCAGAGCAAAAGCAGCUCCCCUCAUGUGAAAUCUUGAGAAAAGAAGGAGAGAGCUGCUCCAGUUUAAGAGUGGGAGGAGAACAUGAAUGGGCCAGUUCAGUAAAGGGGCGCUCAUCAGUUCCUUCCCUUCUCUCCCUGCCUGGCUUCUCCUCCUCCCUCUUCCUGUAGGUGACCGAGUAUAUGAAGAUUGUGGAUGUCUAUGGCCAUAAGCUCUUCAACCUCACGCAACGGGUGGAGGAGAUGCACAAGAGCCAAACCUCCUACACGGAGCUGGAUUUCGAGGUCCUGAAGCUGGAGAUCCAGGAGAUGGAGAGUCUAGUGGUUCAGUUGAAGGCCUCCAUGGGAGAGAGCAAUGUGGUGGUCCAACAGCUCUAUGUGGAGGUGAGGCUGGAUCAGACAGACAGACAGACAGAUGGAUAGGUUUUAUCUUUUGGGAAAUAUAAAAGACCCAAAUAGAGCAUAGAAAUGUUUUAAAUAAAAUAGGCACAUAUUAGAAAGGCAGAAGGACAUCAGUGUGCCUGAAUUAAUUCAGGUUGUCCCUGAGUUGACAAAGGGGGUUGCCAGUGGGGAAUGGCCAGGAGACGGAGACAGGAGUUGCAGCCCAACAAUAUCAGGAGGGCAGCAUGUUGGUCACCAGAUCUGUAUCCUUCCUUUUCUCUUCAGAUUAAGAACAUGAGCCUGAUGGUGGCUCAUCUGGAGAAUCUGGACAAGAACAAUGUCCUGGCCAUCCGACGGGAGAUCCUGGCCCUGAAGCAACGGCUGAAGGAAUGUGAAGAGCCAGGCUCUGGUCAACUGGUUCCACCAGGUCAGCAGGGCUUCUAAGACAGUCCGUGGGAGACAGUGGAGGCCCUCAGCACUGCUUGGGACUUUGGGGUGGGGGAAGCCUGGGGAUUGGAGCACAUUCAUUGGUCUCGUAUGGCUGGUUUCUAGCUGCUUCCACAGUUCUUGGGUCAUUGCAUACCUAACUAAAUCCUCCCCACGCCCCACCAUAAACCAUGGGUGAAGAUCCUCUUCACAAUUUCCUGGAAUUUGCAAAGUGACAAAGUGUGCGUUGAACGAGCAGCUAAUGGGAAGACAUGCAAACCAGGGCAAAUGAUCCUGCACCAUAAAUAGGUUGUUUGAAGUUCCACAUGGCAGAAGCAUAAUGUAUGUGUCUGCAAGGAUCUGGGCCUGUCAUAGGGCAUGAUGGGCUUCCUUCAUGGAGUGGAAAGAAGAGAGUCAGCAUGAAGUGGGGGAAAGGUGAAGGAAGUACGGGAUGUUUGAGGUUUUUGACCAGUAAUGCUGCCUUUCCUGUAAAGCGAGUUUCUUUUGGUUCCUUAUUAAAUGAGUUGCAAUGACUUUGUCAUUCCUAUAAAAGCUGUUAACCUCUGAAUGGCAGUAGAAACACCCUUUCCAUCAGCUCAGAAGAUUGCCUAGCUGGUGGGGUUUUCUCCAGCUCAAUUGCAUUGACUUAAUCAGAAGAGUCUUGAAAACAGACUUCUUAAACCCAAGCAGACUUUUACCCUAAACCACAAUGUGAAGGCUUAAUGUUUCUCUCACCAUGUUCAUGUCUCCCAGUAGUUUCAAAUCAUCUUCUCUUUCUCUGUUUGGUUCUAGGCUUCUGCAACCACAGUGGCCUUGUGAACAUCAGCAAGCCACACCUCCACAGCUGGAACUGGAGAGGGUCUGGCUACCGGUAUGGUGUCUGGGGCAAAGGCUACUCUCCAGGCAGCCCUACAAGUGAAGCCUAUUGGGUGGCCCCAAUGUAUGAUGAAAGGAACAUGCAGACAAUUGAUCUUUACUCAUCCUAUGAAAACCUAUUAUUUUAUGCACCAUCUAAGAGACUUAGUCUAUCUGGGCAAGGAAGUGGAGCAACAGUAUACAAGAAUUUCCUGUACUUUAAUUACUACAACACCAAUCAGAUGUAUAAAUUAGAAUUGACCUCUAACACUGUGGUUUUGAAAAGCACGAUCACAGGGGCUGCCUACAACAACCGCUUUUCCUAUGCAGGGAAGGCUUGGCAAGAUAUAGACUUGGUUGUGGAUGAAAGUGGGUUGUGGGCCAUUUAUUCCACAGAGGCAAACACAGGGAACAUCGUGAUUAGCAAAAUAAACGAGGACACCCUCCAGAUGCAGAAGACCUGGUUCACACGGCAGUACAAGCCAUCUGUGACAAGUGCCUUCAUCAUCUGCGGAGUCCUGUACGUCACUCGGUCUCUGAACACACAUCAAGAGGAAAUCUUCUAUACAUUUGACACAAAGACGGGGAAGGAGGGCCGGAUUAGCAUAGUGCUGGAGAAGCCUUUUGGUACAGUGCGGGGGGUUGACUACCACCCAACAGACCGCAAACUGUAUCUGUACAAUGAUGGCUUCUUGGUUUCUUACAACCUGGUGUUCCAGCUAGCCUCUCCAUGAAAGAAACACCACAGUUCUAUGAUUCUUAACUUCCUUUUCUUUGCAAUCUUCUCUGCUGACCAAUCAUGUCCAUGAUUACAAUUAAAAAACAAUCUAACAAGUGAAAUGUGG